AUGAGCGGGCGGCUCAAUGGCAACCCGCAGGAAAACAGUUCAGCUGGCGUUUCUCUGCGUGCCUCUGUGCCUGCUCCAAGACCGCCAACAUCCAGCCCGCCAGCCAGCCAAUGCUACCCAACGUUACCUCGAGGCGUUCGCCAACAUCAAUGGCGAGUUCUCGCGCUGCACGAGGCGCCUGCGGGCUGGGCAUUUGAUCGGAACGCAAAUGCAGGACCGGAGCGGGCGCGACGCCAGGGCGAUAACGCCGGGGUGGAAGAAAAAGAAGGUGCUUUCUGGGGAACCCGCCUCCCCCUGGUCUAG